AUGCUGUUCCGCGAGCUCCGCGACGAGCAGGGCCAUUGGCGCGACAAAAACGUCCGAGAGGUGCAGCGCUUCCGCGACUUUGCCACCGUCGACUGGACCGACCACCACGUGGUGCGUCCACCCAAGCUUACUGCGCGGGCGCGCCUCCUCCGCUCGUCCCAGACAUGGGUGCUCCUCACCGCUUGCGGCGUGCUCAUAGGUGCUAUUGCUGCGCUGCUCAACAUCAUCACCGCAUGGCUUGCCUCGCUCCGUGUGGGCCACUGCAGCGGCCACUUUUACUUGAACCGUGAGUUUUGCUGCUGGAACGAAGAAUCGUGCGCCGCGUGGCGGCCGUGGCUGCACACCCCUGCUGGGGGCUAUUUUGCAUAUGUGGCGUGGCUGGCUGUGUUUGCAGCUACUGCAGCGUUUCUUGUCAAACGCUACUCCCCAGCCGCUGCCGGAUCAGGAAUUUCGGAAAUCAAAUGCAUUGUGUCUGGGUUUGUGGUGCGCGGAUUUUUGGGCGCAUCCACCUUGGCUCUCAAAAGUAUAUGUCUCCCAUUGGCUAUUGGGCUGGGCCUACUGGUUGGGAAAGAAGGCCCAUCUGUACACUAUGCCGUGGCAGCGGGCAAUUGUGUGGCCCGCCUUGUGCCGCGGUUCCGCGUGCCAGUGCGCGGGCGCGACUUCCUUACUGCUGCCUCAGCAGCUGGCGUGGCGGUGGCUUUUGGCUCGCCGAUGGGGGGUGUGCUAUUUUCCAUGGAAGAGAUCCUGCUGCGCCACCACUUGCCCACUCUCUGGAAAGCAUAUGUGUGCGCACUUGUGGGCGUGGCGACGCUUGCUGCAUUCAACCCCCUCCGUUCCGGCCAACUUGUGCUGUUUGAAGUCACAUACGAUACGCGCUGGCAUUACUUCGAACUUCCACUAUAUGCUUUACUCGGCGCCUUCGGUGGUAUCUACGGCAUUGUGGUUUGCCGUUUCAAUAAGCGAGUGGCGGGUUUCCGUAAACGUUAUUUGGCUCAAUAUCCGAUGAGAGAAGCCGUAUGCUUGGCUGUGGUGCUGGCCUUGCUCUGCUACCACAAUCGUUUCCUCCGCUACGACAUGACAGAAACCAUGCAAACAUUGUUUGCAGAAUGCAGUGCUGACGAUGCGUUGUGUGAGCCAAACAACUCUCUGCGUCUUGUUCUCGCUCUUUUAGUCGCCACAGUUUUGCGAACAGCUCUUACAAUUAUCACCUACGGCUGCAAGGUGCCGGCUGGUAUCUUCGUGCCAUCUAUGGCGGCGGGUGCUACAUUCGGCCGUGCAGUAGGCAUUCUUGUCGAGCGUCUUCACGAAAAGUACCCGCAACUGAUCUUAUUUUCAGCAUGUCCUUCUGAUGGGCCCUGCGUGAUUCCAGGAACUUACGCCUUUCUUGGCGCCGGAGCUGCACUUCUGGGAAUCACGCACAUGACAGUCACGGUGGUCAUUAUCAUGUUUGAGCUUACAGGUGCCGUGCGAUACAUUAUGCCAACUAUGGUAGCCGUUGCAGUGACGAAGUGGGUCAACGACACAUGGGGCCAUGGAGGCAUCGCAGACCAAAUGAUUUUGUUUAAUGGGUUACCUUACAUUGAUCCAAAAGAGGAGCCUCUUUUUGAUGUGACUGUAGCAGCGGCUAUGGCACCUGAAACGGUUGUAUUCGAAACAGAGAAGUCGUAUCCACUACAUGAGCUUCGCCGCAUUUUGUCGGCAGCGCCAUUCCGUGGCUUUCCUGUGGUGAAAUCCCAAGAAAACCCAUCCAUUGUGGGCUACGUAGCACGGGCAGAUUUGGAAGAUUUCCUUCGAGGUCGAGAAGAUGAUGCUGAACCGAUUCACUUUGGCAAAGGUGUUGGAUCCGAUCUUGCUGGGUUGGUCAACCAUGCGCCAAUAGUGGUGAACGUCUCAACUCUGCUCGAGUACAUACGGGACAUUUUCAUCCGAGUUGGGCCGCGGCAUGUUCUUGUGGAGAAGGAUGCCCGUCUUGUGGGCAUUGUCACCCGAAAGGAUGUGUUGCGGUACGAGCAUAUUCUGCAUGCACUUGCGCAUCCCACUGUUGACGAUGGAUGGGACCAGCGUGUCUGGAACUGGUUUGAAGCUGUUGGAGGAGUUUUGCGACUGGGUUUUAGCCGAAUCGGUCUUAAUGCAGUUGCCAAGUGGAUUUAA